AGAGGAGGAUCGGCCCCUGGCGGGCUUCGGGAACAGCGACCGCGGCUGAGGAAGCCGGAGCCUGAACCACACCCAAGCCGCUGCCCUUGGCCUCUUUUACCCUCUUGCCGUCUUGCCAGAUACCGUGUUCCCGGUGGAAAGCAGCCGCCCACGCCCCGAGCAUCCUCCCUUGUUGAGUGGGCGCGGACGGACCCGGCGGCAUGAUGCGUCUGCGAGGCUCGACGACGCUGCGGGACCUGCUCUUGCGGCCGCCUGCCGCCAUCUGUGCGGUUCUGAGGAGAACGCAGCCCCUCGCCACCCAGUGCCAGCGCCCCCAGAGCGGCGGGCAGGCGGCCGCGGGCUCAGCGGCCGCCGUGCGGCUCUACCCCUGGUGGGGUGGGGGCGGCCGGCCAGCGGGGCCCUUCGCGCGGGGACUGUCCAGCUCCCCCUCGGAGAUCCUGCAGGAGCUGGGCAAGGAGGGCACGCAGCGACAGCAGCAAACGGGCGCGGCGACGCCUGCGGCCCCGCCAGCGCCCAGCCCCAAGGACAGCCCCGGGGAGACAGGCGCAUUCGGCAACAGCGAGGGCAAGGAGCUGGUGGCCUCGGGCGAAAAUAAAAUAAAACAGGGUCUGUUACCUAGCUUGGAGGAUUUGCUGUUCUAUACAAUUGCAGAAGGACAAGAGAAAAUACCUGUUCAUAAAUUUAUCACAGCACUCAAAUCUACAGGAUUACGAACGUCUGAUCCCAGGUUGAAAGAGUGUAUGGAUAUGUUAAGAUUAACUCUUCAAACAACAUCAGAUGGUGUCAUGCUAGACAAAGAUCUUUUUAAAAAAUGUGUUCAAAGCAACAUUGUUUUGUUGACACAAGCCUUUAGAAGAAAGUUUGUCAUUCCUGACUUUAUGUCUUUUACCUCUCACAUUGAUGAGUUAUAUGAAAGUGCUAAAAAGCAAUCUGGAGGAAAGGUUGCAGAUUAUAUUCCUCAACUAGCCAAGUUCAGUCCUGAUUUGUGGGGUGUGUCUGUUUGUACAGUAGAUGGACAGAGGCAUUCUACUGGAGAUACCAAAGUUCCAUUUUGUCUUCAGUCCUGUGUAAAACCUUUGAAAUAUGCCAUUGCUGUUAAUGAUCUUGGAACAGAAUACGUGCAUCGAUAUGUUGGGAAAGAGCCAAGUGGAUUAAGAUUCAACAAACUGUUUCUAAAUGAAGAUGAUAAGCCACACAAUCCUAUGGUAAAUGCUGGAGCAAUUGUUGUGACUUCAUUAAUAAAGCAAGGAGUGAAUAAUGCUGAAAAAUUUGACUAUGUGAUGCAGUUUUUGAAUAAGAUGGCUGGUAAUGAAUAUGUUGGAUUCAGUAAUGCAACGUUUCAGUCUGAAAGAGAAAGUGGAGAUCGAAAUUUUGCAAUAGGAUAUUACCUUAAAGAAAAAAAGUGUUUUCCAGAAGGCACAGACAUGGUUGGUAUAUUAGACUUCUAUUUCCAGUUGUGCUCCAUUGAAGUAACUUGUGAGUCAGCCAGUGUGAUGGCUGCGACACUGGCUAAUGGUGGGUUCUGCCCAAUUACUGGUGAAAGAGUUCUGAGCCCUGAAGCAGUUCGAAAUACACUGAGUUUGAUGCAUUCCUGUGGCAUGUAUGAUUUCUCAGGGCAGUUUGCUUUCCAUGUUGGUCUUCCUGCAAAAUCUGGAGUUGCUGGUGGCAUUCUUUUGGUUGUCCCCAAUGUCAUGGGCAUGAUGUGCUGGUCUCCUCCUCUGGACAAAAUGGGCAACAGUGUUAAGGGAAUUCAUUUCUGUCAUGAUCUAGUUUCUCUGUGUAAUUUCCAUAACUAUGAUAAUUUGAGGCACUUUGCAAAAAAACUUGAUCCUCGAAGAGAAGGUGGUGAUCAAAGGGUAAAGUCAGUGAUAAACCUUUUGUUUGCUGCAUAUACCGGAGAUGUGUCUGCACUUCGGAGAUUUGCUUUGUCAGCCAUGGAUAUGGAACAGCGAGACUACGAUUCUAGAACAGCACUCCAUGUAGCUGCUGCAGAGGGUCAUGUUGAAGUUGUUAAAUUUUUGCUGGAAGCCUGCAAAGUAAAUCCUUUCCCCAAGGACAGGUGGAAUAACACCCCCAUGGAUGAAGCGCUGCACUUUGGACACCACGAUGUAUUUAAAAUCCUCCAGGAAUACCAAGUCCAGUACACGCCUCAAGGAGAUUCCGACGAUGGAAAGGAAAACCAAACAGUCCAUAAGAAUCUUGAUGGAUUGUUAUAAUGGUCUUAAGCCCAAGAUUUCAUCACUUACCUAUUUAAUUGUGGAAAAUGAGUAUGAAGAACGUGUGUAUUUAUCUGGUAGUGAUGUAUAUUUUACAUUUGUCAUUUCAGUGUUACUGGAGCUUCAUUGUAUGCACAGGACAAAUCUGAUUUCUUUAGGAAAAAAUAGAAAUAAUGCAAUCUUCCUCCAUAAUGUGAGCAAUAUUUACCUCGUGCAUUGUAUAAUUUGAUGUAAAAGACAUAGUUUCCAACGCUAGCUUAAGUGUGUGGUCUUCAUGAUUUACUUUUGUGUGUUUUGUGAAUUUUCAGUCUGUGAUGAUGAUCUGCUGAUCUGCAUUUAUAAAUUAAGCUCUGUUGUACAGUCUGUCCAGAUGGAUCAAGGCUGCCUUUAGAAGCAAAGUAAUGUGAUUUUCAAGACUUCAAAUAUAGACUGAGUGUUUGAACAACUAUAUGCACCUAGGGUGUGUGAUUAAAAUGCCUCCUAUCACCCUAGCUUCAAGAUGUGACUCUUUGAGAAUUACAAUAGUUAACAGCUGUUAGUAGCACAGACCAAUUUUUUAUCAGGGACUCUGUUUAAGAUACGUUUGGUGACCAAAAUAUUUGUGUGAAUGUAGUUACAAUGCUUUUGAAAAAAUUUCCUUUUUCUGUAUCCCCUUAGUCCAGCCUCUCUUCCCAGACAUUUAUUUACUUGCCUCUUCCCUUUAGCUGCGAAAGUGGGUGCUGGCAUACUAUGCAGUUUUCAUGAUUUCCACAGUAAGUCAGAAAAUGCCUCCUGUAUCUGGCAUCGGAGCUACGUAACUAUGUCAUUGGUCUAUAGGAGAUGAACCAGAGACAAAUUAGAAAGCUAAAUACAAAUUAGUCAAAUUCAUCAGCCUAAAAAGGAAGGGACAUGCUAUUGCAGCUCUUUAACUAAGAAGAUAUUUUUCAGCUUCCAGGAUAAAGAUAAAGACAAAUCCAGAAGUGCUCUAAGCUACCAAAGUUUUUCUGAUGGUAUGGGAACUGCUACAAAUAACAUGUGCUUUUUAACCUAUCAUUAAAAGUCUGCGUCAACACAUUUGUUCUAUUUGAGAGACCACUAAAUAACUCGUUUCCUCCUGAUUCUCAGUAUGUAAAUUUUAGUGGACUCUAUAGUUUAAUAAGAAGAGGCAGUUUCAUCUUAAAGCGAGACCCACUGUUUGUCUUGGGGAAGAACUGCACAUAAAACACUGUCCCAUACCUGAGAGGUAAAGGGGUAUGUUGAGGAUUUCUCAUUAAGCACAUACACAGGCACACACACACACAAAUGGACUUCUUUGAAGCUGUGUUUAGUGAAAUGAGCAGAAUCGUCAACAACGUGAAUGUUAGCUGUCACAUUAAUACAGUAAAUUGCCUUUUAUUUUCCUAUCAGCACCACUGCUGCUUCCAAGCUUUAUCAUGCCUAACGACCCCCUUUCCACUCCAGCAGCCUCCAAGGGUUUUGAUGUUGCUUCCAGCCUACAUCAGUGGCUUCAGCCCUUGCCCUCCUCGUUACCUAGACAGCGCCUCCUUUCAUGGAACCACAGCCACUGUUCUUGAACUGUGCUGCAUCAGGCACAAAGUCAUUCCCAUGUGUGUGCUGUGGGGAAUAUGGUGGGUGGGCAUCUAUCUAGCCUGCUGCUGUGUUCUUGCCCCAUGGAUCUACCAAGCCACAUAAACAAGUAGCAUUUGCAGAAUGCUGCAAAGGAACAGCAUUAACUCCAAAGAUAUUAUGGGAUACACUCUUUAACUGAAAUCAAUUGAAAUAACUGCUCAAACUUGCUUUGUGUGAUUAAAAUGACAUGUGAAGACACUUAAAUUUUUUGGCUUGAAGAUUACUAAUGACUUUGAGGCUUUUCUCUAAUAGAUUCUAACUAUUAUUUGAGAACAAAGAAAGUUUUCAUAUUUUCUCAGAUCAAAACUAUUCCGUGGAACCUUUGUGGUUUAGUUAAAUGAGCCCUUUUUUACCUAUGAGGUUAUUUAUGACUCUGCCAGUUUCUGCUCUGUUUGCUGUCGACUGGUAUGGCAAGUACAUUUGGUUUAAAUGCUUUUGAUUAUGCUGUUGAAUGCUGCCAUCAGUAAUCCUCCAAAGAUCUUUUGUUUUGACUUUAGAAUCAUACGCGCUUUUUCUGUAUCAUGAGAGCUCUAUAUGGUCAUGUUUAAAGCUUUUUAUACAUUGUUGUUUUUGCUGGGAAAGUGGGUCUCAGUUCUAAUUAUUUCAUUUUGGGGGUGUAACGUGCUAUACCCCACUGCUGCCCCACACUGCCCUUUAGCUGCAAAACUGGAUUAGCUAUCAACAUUUGAUGAUGUCUGUCUGGCAAAGCCUGAAUGACUUGACGUUGGAUUUAAAUUCUUCCUGGGGAUUGGAUUGUACAGAUAUGAAUGUAUUUGCUUCCAGAAACUCCCAAAGUGAGUCCAAUCUUAAAAUUGUAAGUUGUAAGUAUUCUGAAAUUGGAAAAUAUUUAUUUUAAAUGAAAUCAGGUAGUGUUGCUUUUUACAGCAUAAUAAAUACAUGUAUUUAAAAAAAA